CUAGCUAUCGACUGUACCGCAAAAGCAUGCUCCUGCGGCAGGGUCGAUUUCCGCGCUUAUAAACCCAGGGUCGUUACAGUACUCGAUGCAUGAAUAUUUUGGGAGGAUAUUGUUGUUUUAUGAAGAUAAAUGUUCUGCACAUUGUGCUUCAGCAGUUUAACCUUAAUAUAAACAAUAGAUGACUGAUCGCAGUGCCAUUGGAUUAGAUUAUGUUUAAUGACUGAUCAGCCAGGGAAUAUGUCAAAUGCAGUGUUGUACAGAUGUAGGAUCUUAAUUAGAGCCAGUUUGCUACAGCAGUAAAAUAAUCAUGGAGCAAAAGGAAAUGUUAAUUAUUCAGUGGAUUAUAAUUCAAGUACAUUUUUGUAGGGGUCGACACCCUUUCGUUAGGGCACAUCAAGUCUGACAUUUCAAAGUGGAAAUUACAAACUUAAGAAGCCUUUUUAAAACUCAAAUACACUACAAAUGUGCAUUUCCUGCAUAGCAGGAAAAUUCUCUUUAACAAAACAGUGAUCAAUUUAAGUAAAAUCCUAUAUAUGUAUGUAUUGCUUUUGUGCAAACUCUGCAAAACUUCACAGAGAGAUGUAGCAAAGAUGCGGUCAGCAAAACAGUUGAUGGGUCCAUCCAAUCAAAACAAUCAAAACAAUUCCUCGUGCCCGAAGAAGGUAAAGUGAACCAAUCGCAAUCGUGUAAUGGGCGGUGCUCUCUGCACUGUUUUCUUGUAAACCAAUCAGAUACAAGCUAUGAAAAGGUCGGCCAAUCUGAGUGAUGCAGAGGUAAUGUUCUAACCAGCCAAUAGAAAACGUGGCAAAAGUCACGGAUACAGCCCUCAGCGGUUUUGUUUCACUUGUCGGUCUCCUGUUAAGGAUAAAAACAGAGCAAUUACAAGCGCCUUCCUCAAAAAGUAAAAAACAAUAACAGGGACUUAUAGUUUCAGGAUUCAAACCAACUGUUUGUCAUUUGUAUAGCAUUUAUUACAUUGUAUUAACUCAUCUCUAGCGCAUACGUGUGUAGAGGAGCUGGGUUACAGAGUGAUCGAUCAGGACCCAGCUCUCCAAACUAGGGCAGUGGAGCUGGAGAAUAACCGUGGACGAGAUGGAGGACCCGGAGACCUUCGACGGUCCAGGAGGGCCUCAAGACUUGAUCAGCUCCUCGUUCAACCAGGACACCACGUCUCUAUCAGUGGGCACUAAGUCAGGCUACAGACUCUUCUCUGUCACCUCGGUGGACAAGAUGGACUGCAUCCAUGAAGGAGCGGAGUCUCCAGACGUGUACAUCGUGGAGCGGUUGUUCUCCAGCAGUCUGGUGGUGGUGGUCAGUCUCUCCAUGCCCCGACGUAUGAAUGUCUACCACUUCAAGAGAGGAACAGAGAUCUGCAACUAUAGCUACUCCAACAACAUCCUCUCAGUCAGGCUCAACAGACAGAGGAUGGUAGUAUGUCUGGAGGAGUCAGUCUACAUCCACAACAUCAAAGACAUGAAGCUGCUCAAAACACUGCUCAACAUACCACACAACCCCUCAGGUCUCUGUGCCCUCUCUGUGAACCAUGAUAACUCCUACCUGGCGUACCCUGGCAGUGAGACCAUCGGGGAGAUCAUGGUUUAUGACGCCAACAACCUGAGCACGGUGACGAUGAUCCCAGCCCAUGACAGUCCCCUUGCAGCUCUCACAUUCAACGUGUCAGGAACCAAACUGGCCAGCGCCUCCGAGAGGGGUACAGUGAUCCGAGUGUUCACCAUCCCAGAGGGACAAAGACUGUUUGAGUUCCGCAGAGGGAUGAAGAGGUACGUGAGUAUCAGCUCAUUGUCCUUUAGUUCAGAUGCCCAGUUCCUCUGUGCCUCCAGCAACACGGAAACGGUCCAUAUCUUCAAACUGGAACGUCACAGCCCCAGUCGAGAGGGGGGAUGUCCUACGUGGGGUGCAUACGUGGGAAAGAUGUUCACAGCAGCCAGCACCUACCUUCCCUCCCAGGUCUCUGACAUGAUGCACCAGGACCGGGCCUUCGCCACUGUACGACUUAACAUGUUCGGUCUCAAGAACAUCUGCGCCUUGGCCACGGUUCAGAAGCUGCCUCGUCUGCUGGUGGCGUCAUCAGAUGGACAUAUCUACAUCUAUAACAUCGACACACAGGAGGGAGGAGAGUGUGUGUUGGUCAGGAAACAUAGACUAUUUGAAGGAGAUAAGGAGCCACAGGAAGAACAACAGGAAGAGGAGGAGCUUGAGGAUAGAAGGUCCCUCCCACCGUCAAACAGCCUAUCAUAAGCUGCCACUGUGGCUCUCCCCUCGACCCCACACUCUUCUACCACUCUCACAGGCUACUUAGAUGGAGGGGCUAAGAAAGGCGAUGUGAUCCCUGAACAUGAGUUUACCAAGGGACCUGUCUGUCUGGAUGACAAGAACGAGUUUCCUCCAGUCAACAACCAGAGCAACUGACCCAACUUUUCCUGGGAACCAAUCAACUGGAGCCAUUCAAGCUAGAAGGGAUAUCAGUAUUCAGAGAACUCCCCCCCACCCCCCCCCAGGUCCCACCCCCAUGUCCCCAAUGAGGCAGAUAGGAGAAAUGUAGAAGCCACAAUGGUGAUUGGUUACUAUCGUGCGCCACUCAGAAGUAGAGUAUGGAUAGACAGUAGACCUGUCUCUGUACAUUGUCUUAUACCUCGCCCUGAAGGUCAAUAUGAAUACAAACAUUUCAUUCCCUAACUAUCACAGAAGGAAAGGAAGUCUGGGCACUGAAGUUGUAGCCUACCUCUAGUCUAAUAUUAACCAAUAUUAACAUGGUUAAAAAGGGACUUUAAUAUUUAAUUGCAUUCAUAUACAGCUAUCGAUAAGUGUUCAAAGUGCUUAACAUUGUCAAAAGGGGAAGAGGCAAAACCAUUCAAUUGUACUUUUAUAACCUCUUAGUAUCGUUAAGUGAUAUAUAACACUGACUGGAUAGUGAAGUCUGAGUCCUAUUCUGCUGCUUGAUGCAGAUUGGCUAGAACCCAGUGUAGGGUGGCAGAGAGGGGCCCAGAGACUGAGGCUUACCAGUGGGCUCUAGCUGUGGCACGCCCUGAGAGAGAAGGGGGAGGGAAGAGAAAGAAAGAGGGGGGGGCUUCUAUCAUGUCUGAAGCGAUAGUUUUCGAACAGCGCUAAGAAAAAAAGAGUCAAAUACUGAAAUGUGAAAAACUGAAUAGAGAACUGUAUUAUAGGAUCGUACAGGUCCUUUUAUUUCAUUGAUUUCAUUAUUAACACCAUUGACUACAUAAUAUUGAAUAUUGUAACAUUUCAGAUAUGACAGAUCUUUUUACUUUGUAAAAAAACUAUGUUGACUUGUAUUAAAUACUCUUUUGGAAAAUGAAAUUAGUAUUAUUCAUCAAUACAUUAGAUCUUAAGUGGUUUUGGUGGAAAGUGAUUUUUUAUUGUUUGUGUAUAUAUACAUUUAUACAUAUAGUAUGUAAAUAGCACACCUAUUGAUAUGAUCCUGUGACUGAUUUGCCAAAGGGUGGUGCUUUUUGUUCUUCGGAUGUUUUGAUUUUGGGUUAAAGGGAAGUUAUUCGUGGGACAAACUAAACUGGUCUUAGAUCAGUGUAUUGGCAACUUCAUCCUACUUUACUCCCCACCAGAGAGUGCUAGAGCAUCCCAGAAGCCUCUGUUAUAUAACUGUACAAAAAGCCUGUGUACAGGAAAACACUUAAUAUUGGUAAUAAUACAGUAAAUUGUCCUUGCUACGCAACUGCAGCUGUCUUCCCAUGUUUCCCCUCAGAGCAGCAGUGAGCAAUGUGUCUCAGUCAAUCCCCAGUACUGACCUCCAGGAGAAUGACCCACAGUCCGGCCUCCUCACAACAGGCUGAUGCUAGUUCUAAUAUUUGCUUUUCUUCUUCACUCUGGCAAAUGUUUCUGGUUGGUCUCUGGGGUUGUUUACAGUAACCCAGAUGUAGGCUACAGGUC